CUUUUGCAUCUCACUGCAUGAGGACUGCUUGUCAACAUCUCAAUUCCUAUCAUUCAGAAGAAGAUGAAGACAGUUUUUUUUCCAAGGCAAAAGCGAUGACAGAAGUGAAGAGAGAGAACUUUGGGGAAUUACCCCUUGGUGGAGGGACUGUGGAAAAAUUCCUGCUCAGAUCAAACGCGGUUAAAAUGGAGGUUCUAUCCUUUGGGUGCAUAAUCACCGCCUUGGAGUCAAAAGACAGAGAUGGAAAGUUCUCAGACAUUGUGUUGGGUUUUGACCAUUUGGAAGGAUACACCAGUAAGCACCCUUAUUUUGGAGCUGUUGUUGGACGGGUUGCUAAUAGAAUUGCCAAAGGGAAAUUUGUGGUAGAUGGACAGGAAUAUCUGUUGGCCAUAAACAAUGGACCCAACAGUUUACACGGAGGAACAAAAGGUUUUGACCAGGCUCUCUGGACCCCAGAAGUGCUGCCGGAUGGUGUCUGUUUUUUCAGAACGAGUCCAGAUGCUGAAGAAGGAUACCCUGGUGAGCUCAAAGUGUGGGUGACUUACACUCUCAAAGAUGCAGAGCUAACAAUAAAUUACAGAGCCCGAAGCAAUAAAACCACACCCGUCAAUCUGACAAAUCAUGCAUAUUUCAACCUUGCAGGUCAGGGAUCACCUAAUAUCUAUGACCAUAUAUUCACAAUAGAGGCAGAUUCUUAUCUACCGGUUGAUGAAACUCAGAUUCCUACAGGAGAAGUUGCUUCAGUGCAGGAUACAGCCUUUGAUCUGAGAAAGCCAGUGGAACUUGGAAAACACCUGCAGAAAUUUCAGCUCACUGGGUUUGACCACAAUUUUUGUCUGACACAGACAAAAGAGCCAAACUUUUGUGCAAGAGUUUACCACCCCCCUAGUGGCAGGAAGAUGGAAGUUUUCACAACUCAGCCCGGGAUUCAAUUUUAUACAGGCAAUUUCUUAGAUGGCACUCUGAAAGGUAAAGGAGGCCAUGUGUAUCCCAAGCAUUCUGGCUUCUGUUUUGAGACACAGAACUGGCCAGAUGCAGUGAAUCAGCCAAAUUUCCCAAACUCCCUGCUGCACCCAGGAGAAGAAUAUAAUACAACAAGCUGUUUCAGGUUUUCUGUAUCUUGAGGAGUCAAAAGGAAAUUUUGUAGUGAUCUGUAAGGGAGUCAUUGAAGCAGAUUCCAAAUUGUUCAUUAUGUAAUCAGAUGUGCCUUGAUUCUAACAGUAUGCAUGUACUCAUCCUAAAGAAUGAGAAUGGUGGCUAUGUAACCUACUAGGACUCAGUGACCUUAUAGGUCCCUUCCAACUCAAUUAUUCUAUGAUUCUAUAAUAGAAGCAAUGAUCACUUGCAGCCUUACAUAGCUUUUAAUCAAGUUUUGUCAGUUCUUGAAGCCAUUGAUGGACAAGGAUGUUUUUUUUUUUCUGGCAAGGCAUUCUG